AUGAGUUUAGUAAACCCAGCAUCCGGAGACAAUGAAGUACCAAUGACUGAAGAGAAAAAUGAGAAUUUACUUAUAUCUAAACUUGCUAACGGUAAUACUGGUGAUGAUAAACAAUCAAACGAAAUGAAUGGCGGAGAACCAGUACACGAGGGUUCAGAAAUAGCUAGUGAACACGAAAAUCUUAAGGAGAGAAUUAAACAAUGUCGUAACAUCAUAGAAUCUCUGAAGUUGGAACUUAAUCAAGAAAAGGCUCGCCUGGAAAUGGAAUCCAAACUACAGCCCAAUUUGGAUGAACCGAAAGUUACAACUGAUCCCAUUAGAUCAUUGGAGAUAACAUGUCCUCCAGACUUGUAUAGCACUUGUGUAGAAAAUAAAUUAACAUGUGACGAAAACCUUAUACAGUACGAAAAACAAUUGCAAAGGUAUCAGAAUACUCUUAAUAUGGCACAGAUUGAAAAGAAGAACGCCAUAAGGAAGCAUAUGAUUGCAAAGGCUUACAAAUUAAAGCUGCUGGAAGUCGAAAACCAAUGUAAUAUUGAAUUGCUAAGGGUGAAGCAGAGUCUACAGUGCCUUGAGCCAUUGCAAAUGAUCGCUAAUAAAUGGAAAACAAACACUGACGAAUUUAAUUACGAUUUGGACACCUUUGAGCUGAUGCCGCGAUAUCCAGAACUUCAUGCUGUAUCUGGAAGCGAUGUGUCCUCUGUUAGUGAUUCUGAAAACAAAAACAAAUCUGCAAUUACAUCGGAUUAA